UAUAUUAUCAAUGUACAUAUGUUAUCAUUUUCGAAUAUAUUGUUAAAAUUAAUAUUUGAAGAAGUAAUGUACACUUAUGAAGUUUCUUUUCUAUAAUUUGAAUAAAACCAAUGUAUAAAUAUUGAGUGAAUGUGUAAUUACUGCCACACUUUUUGUAUAUCAACAAUGUUUAAAAUAAUUAAUAGAAAUAAUAUAUGUAACUUGUCCUUUAAAAAGAUGAGGAUGUUUAGUAACUUUGUGAAAGUAGUUGAAGUCGGACCAAGAGAUGGAUUACAAAAUGAACGGAAUAUUGUGCCAACUGAAAUCAAAGUUGAAUUUAUCAACAAAUUAUCACAGACUGGAUUAAAAAAUAUAGAAGUUACAAGUUUUGUAUCUCCAAAAUGGAUUCCACAAAUGGCAGAUAAUGCAGAAGUUUAUCAGAAAAUUAAUAAGAAACCAGAUAUUUCAUAUCCGGUAUUAGUGCCGAAUAUUAAAGGUUUAGAAAAUGCAUUAAAGGUAGGUGUAAAAGAAAUAGCUGUUUUUGCAGCAGCAUCUGAGACUUUUUCAAGAAAAAAUACCAACUGCUCUAUUGAUGAUAGUAAGAAGAAUAUUAAAACAGUUGUUCAAGAAGCAAAGAAUCAUGAUGUUAAAGUCAGAGGCUAUGUAUCUUGUAUUAUAGGCUGUCCUUAUGAAGGUCAAAUUAAGCCAACAGUUGUAGCCAAUUUAACUGCAUUCAUGCUACAAUGCGGAUGCUAUGAAAUUUCUUUAGGAGACACCAUUGGUGUGGGAUCUCCUAAUAAAAUAAAGCAAAUGUUACAUGAAUUGGAGCAUGUAUCAAGUGACAUGAAUAAAUUUGCAAUUCAUUGUCACGAUACUUAUGGACAAGCUUUGGUAAACAUAUAUGCUAGCCUUGAGAAGGGUAUCAGAAUCUUUGAUUCAUCUGUUGCUGGAUUAGGUGGUUGUCCAUAUGCACCAGGUGCUUCUGGAAAUGUUGCUACUGAAGAUUUACUUUAUUUCUUACAUGGACAAGGUUUAGAAACUGGAGUAGAUAUCAAUGAAACAGUAGCAAUUGGAGAUUUCAUUAGUAAUCAACUUCAAAGGAAAAAUCAUUCCAAAGCUGGUGUUGCACUUUGUGCAAAGGAGUGUUUAAGAAAAUGCUCAUAACUGUAUUUUUAAAGAAAAUAUACAUUUUUACCUUUUUAAUUUAUACUUAAAUUACGAAUUGUAAAAAGUAACUUUGGUAAUUUUUACAAAACGACCGUUAAACCGAAAUAUAUAUUUUAUACUUAUUCAAUUUUAAUAACUCUUUGAAACUUGUAUACACAAUCCGUAGAAAUAUAGCGCAACAACAAAAAAUA